CCCGCUCCCGGGUUCCCCGCUUCCGUAACUCUCCGCCUACAGGACAACUCCUCACAUUCCCUUUCAAGUUCUAAGAGCCUCGGCGGGGAUGGUAGGCAAUCCAACUACACUCAUCUUUCCUAGCUGGCCAAGUUGAUGAGUUUGCUUUUGCUUCUAUAGUCGACCUGUUGGCGUUAUCGGACGGUAUAUGAUGCUCCCGUUGCUUACGACUCAAUCAAUAUGUUAACCCGCACCGUUUGCCAACCGCCGUCCAAAGCGAGGUCUUUUCAGACCAGAGCUGUGGCCUGCGGCGCUCUACGACCUACUAGCGACUCCCUGUUAAGGGCCGGAACGAACCAGCAGAUCCGCAGCUUUCGCUUUGUCAAGUUGUCUUCCUACCUUGACCCUGAGUUCCAGAAAGAGUUUCGACAUCGCCAACGUGUGCUUAAGCAUAAAUAUGUUGAAGCACUUAGAAAGUUAUCAUGGGACCAACUAUCCAGCAAUGAAGCCCCAAAAGUCGUAUUAAAGCAUACGUUCGGUAGUUAUUCGAGUCCAACCGGGCCAAGAUGCGGCUCGCGGUUUGUCGACUCUGUUGUCGCCGAUCGUUCAAUUCGUCAUGGUCGAGUAACUCCAGACACUGAAAAUGCACGCAUGAAAACACCAUGGAGCCCUAAUUCGUAUGCCUCCUGGAUGAGUAAUUAUGGCGAUUACAUGCGAUAUUCGUCCACCCGUUCGUGGAAGUCUCGACUAGAUGAUGCGAUGGAUCAUUGGGGUGGCAAAGCCUCGAAACACACGGCCCAGCCAGAGUCGGCCGGUGCUAAACACAACCUAACUAAGGAACAAGAAAAUGAUUUUGGCGUAUCGUCCAGUGAAGACUAUACUAUUGAUCCGAUCACGAUGCGUAAAAUCCGAAGGAAAUUCGACGGACAAGACGUUGAUACGACGUCAUCCCCCUCCAAUUCCUUUAAAUCAUAUAGGGCACAGUUCUCUGCAUUUGCACCACCCAAAGAUGGGGAAAACCCAGGUCCUACUCAUUCCGACGGCCCACCUCCUUCUAUAGAGCUCAAAGAGUAUGGCCAAAUCAAGAUUGACGAGGUACCAUCUCAUAGUGCCAGUGGUGGUCCCGAUGGGAUAAAAGCGUUAGGUGAUAACGUAGAGUCCCCCCGAUAUCCCGUGAUACAAAGCGAAGAAUACCAAGCAUAUCAGCGCGACGAGGUUGACGAACGGGCCCCAGAACCAACUAAGACCUAUGAAGAUCUCGAUAAGUACAAUACAUACGGGGCAAAAGAGGCAGAAAAUGCCAGUGCAGAAGCACGCCAGGAUUACGAAGAUCUACAUGAGUACAAGCCCUACAUUCAUAACGAAAAUACAGAGACCGAAAAGCAUACAGAACGUUAUGAUGACCUGGGCCAGUAUGGACCAUAUAAGUAUCAAGAAGAUGCGGCAGGAGAGAUUCCACCCACUGAAUAUAAUGAUCUUCAUAAGUACGAGCACUAUAAGGAAGACAGUACCAAACCAGUGGACGACUCGGCACCCAAGUACGAUGACUUGGAUAAGUACGACACAAAAACCUUUGAGGACUCUGCGCCGGAGGAGCAACCUUUCCAACAAUAUGGAGACCUCGAACAGUACAGAAUCUUCAGGUCCCAAGAACUCGAUAAUGCGGUCACCCCAGAGCGAGACGUCGUUGCAGAGUCUCUCGAGGAAUUCGACGCAAAAGCGCCAGAACCAACUUUGGAUAAGAACCCAACAUCGAGUAUCCUAGAUGGGCUUCAAAAGCUCGACCUCAAGGACGUAUCGCAAUUCUCGUCACAAGAGCGCAAUCAACCUCCAGCUACGGAAACCGCAUCUCGAUCAAGUCAACCAGGAUUGACUGGCAAUUAUCUCCGUGAUUUCCCGGAAGAAUUUUCAGGAUCAUGGGGUGGCCCGGACGGAAAGACGGCGUAUAUUCAAGAGGCCGAGAGGCAAUAUUCAGAUGAGCUUUCUAAGUCUACAAACUCCCAAAAGUUGGAGACGAGCUUGGAUAGGCAGCAGACUGAACCGAAGCUGGAAGCGGGUCCCAACCAGCCAGAGGUAAGGUCUACGAGACGCAUGUUUGAUCACUAUAGAGCGCAGGCCGAAGUUGACCCGUACUCUAAAGAACCACAGGGAUUGGAAACGUCGUAUACCAGGGAAUGUGACGGGGAACAAACACCAUUAACCUUCGCUAAAACGUACGGUAGCGACUCGAGGGAAGCAGCGCUGGAUUCCUUAUCAGCGGAAGAUGCUAGUCAAAAGAUUCUUGACCUUAAGCCGCUAUAUUUCAGAGACCCCGAGGUCGACGGACGACCGCCAGUUUCAUCGUCCGAACCUGAUACCACGCCCGAACCGAACCGAACUACCGAGCCGACGGUGUAUAGGAUUUUAGCCUAUGACCCAACCAUGCAAAAGAUCAACGUCGCCGAAACCACCUCAGUUGUACCCGAUCAAGCAUCUCCAUUGUCACCAGCAGAAGUACUUCUCCGCCUAUCAAACCCGACAAAAUUCUUUCCACACUUCGCACCCUUACAAGCCGAGGGCUUCGAGAUCGUAUCUGGCAGUGGGGAUGUGCUGGUCUUUCGUCAAAUUCGACCCCCCAAAGUAACAAGCCAUGGGAGCGCGUCGCCGGUCAACCCUAUAGAUAUGAUGGGGAAGCCGACAGCCUUGCCAAAUGCGGCCGCAUUUGUUUCACCUACAGGAUUUGUUAACUACGAUGUGCCACAAGCUGAAGAGGAGACCCAAGCACCUGCUUUCCGUUCUAAUAUCGACGUUAGAAGAGAAGAGCCUGUGUUUAGUGGGCCCAAAUCAACAGCCCGCGAGGAAGCACGAACUCAUCCGAAGGAUGGCGUUGGCAAACGAGUGCUGAUAGGUGGUGCUUGGGUAGCCGGAAUCUCGUACGCUCUUGGCGUCGUUAGCGAAUAUUUCAUAACCGGCGGUACUGACGGUCGGGGGCCAACUGGCUUCUGAUUGAUCAUACGUUUAUGGGAGAUUAUCACCCUGUCUUACGAGAAUGCUAAGGCACAGGAUGAACAACACGGGAUGAUGGAGUAUAGGGAGUUUGUAUAGCAUUUUAGUGGUGGGCAUGGGUGCUUGGUUUUGGAACUGGGUUCGGGUUUACGAAGAUGCUUCAAGGUAUCAAUAGGUAUUCCAAUCAUUGUUAAACUGCUGCUUGGCUGUAUAGUAGUUUUUGGUCGGCGCAUGACUACCCCUUCUCCGUUAUGUAUACUUUAACCAGCGCUCCCUAAGUCAGGUCUAGCGUUACCUCUUCAAUCUACAAGUAUUUCGUAUAUCAAA